UAAACACCUUUUUUAUCACCAGCAGGCCAAGCAACAGAGUUUCUGAAAAACUAGGAAAGGGUUAGGUUAGAUAUGUGGAACCAAAAGCCAAGUUUUAGGUUUGAGAUAGAAAACUUCACGGAGAAGAAAGCUGUCGUAUCGUCUCAGACAUUCGUGAGCGGCGGAUGUGAAUGGAAUGUCCUUAUUUAUCCCGAGGGAGAUCGUCUUUCUGAUGGUCACUUGCCUUUGUACAUUAACGCAAAUUCUACAAAGUUGCGAACUGGAUGGAAAAGGAGUAUUAACUUUUACUUUGUUUUGUUGAAUCAAUCCCACAAAGAACUCCACAUAUCACCAAUAAUGGGAAAAAGAAACUUGUUUUGCGCUGAGAAUCCAGCAUGGGGUAGCCGAAAGGCUUUGCCUCUAAGCAAAUUUCAGGAAAGUGGGUUUUUGGAGAAUGAUAAACUCAUCAUUGAAGUAUACAUUAAAGUUAUUGAAGCUUUUGAUGGAGAAGGUGGAGAUGUAUCCAACAACAAGAAGAAGACUGUUGAUAUCAACGGUUUUCAAGUUUUUGCUUCUCAGGUUACUAAAGUGGGAAAGAUAUUCACAGAGCACCCAGACAUUGCAAAAGAUUUCAAAACAACGAACCAAGAAGUGAAGACAGCAUACAUGAACGUCCUCCUCAGGGUCAUUAAAACACUUCAUAAGCCUCCAAAGAGCCUUUCAGAGACUAGACUGAGCAAGGCUAGCAGCGAGUUGAGUGAGCUGAUGGACGUAGGUUUCAAGCUGGACUGGUUGAAGUCAAAGCUUGAGGAGGUUUAUUUGGAGAGGAAGAAACCAAAUGUUGAUGGGUCUAAGGUCCAACAACUCGAGGAACAUGUGAAGGAACUGGGCUUGAAGCUUGACUCUUUGAAUGCAAAGCUUGAUGAGGUUUCCUUGGAGAGGAAGAAAGGAGAUGAUACUAACGAGUCUCGUGCCAAACAAGUAGAGAAAAGAGUCAACAAUCUUGGGAUGAUGGAAUUGGAACUGCGCUUGAAGCUUGAUUCUUUGAAUGAAAAGCUUGAUGUUGUUUCCUUGGAGAGGAAGAAAGCAGAUGAUACUAUUGAGUCCCGUGCCAAACAAGUAGAGAAACGCGUCAAGGAUCUUGCGCUGAUGGAUUUGGGAUUUAAUAAGCGUUUGAAUACGAUGCUUGGUGACUGGGAGAGGAAAAAAUCACAUGAGACUAGUGUCUUUGCCUCUCGAAUCGAACAAAUGGAGGAACAUGUCAUGGGUCUAGGGUUCAAGCUGGACAGCUUGGAUACAAAGCUUGAAGAGAUCUCCAAAGAGAGGAAGAAAGCUGACAGUUGUCUGGUCCAAAAACACGAGGAAAGCGUCAAGAACAUUGAGAUUAUGGUCUCGCAUCUCAAAGCUGAACUUGACAAGAAAAAGGACAAGACUUCUGAUGAUGGGUUUCUGCUGGUCGACUAGGUUGCUUGACCUAGGCUAGAGAGAUCAAAUUAUUAGUUUUUAGUUUUUUUCUUUAGAAAUAAAAAAAACAUACUCUCUGGUUGUACCUUUUUUUCAUUUGAAUGCUGCUUUCUGAAUUCCCAAUAAUCUAGAGAUUCAACUUAG